AUGGCGAUUGAUGAAGCGAUACUCGAUCAGCUGAAGAAGGAGACUCCAGUGGAUGAAGAAUCUCUGGUUUUGAAUCGAGACUCGAGCGUCGGUCUCGUCAUCGUCGACGUUGUUAAUGGAUUCUGCACCGUUGGAUCCGGCAAUAUGGCUCCUACGAAGCCUAACGAGCAGAUAUCGAAGAUGGUGGAGGAAUCUGCAAAGCUCGCAAGAGAGUUCUGCGAUCGGAAAUGGCCGGUUUUUGCGUUUAUAGACUCUCAUCAUCCUGAUAUUCCCGAGAACCCUUAUCCUCCUCAUUGUAUCAUUGGAACUGACGAAUCAGAACUUGUUCCUGCUCUUAAGUGGCUUGAGAGUGAGGAUUGUGUUACUCUUAGGCGAAAGGAUUGCAUAAAUGGGUUUGUGGGUUCGAUGGAGAAAGACUCUUCUAAUGUUUUUGUGGAUUGGGUUAAGGAAAAACAGAUCAAAGUCAUUGUGGUUGUAGGUAUCUGCACAGACAUAUGUGUGUUUGAUUUUGUGGCUACUGCACUCUCUGCCCGAAACCACAGUGUUCUUCCUCCUUUAGAAGAUGUCGCAGUGUACUCUCGUGGCUGCGCUACUUUUGACCUUCCUCUUCAUGUUGCAAAAGACAUCAAAGGUGCUCAAGCCCAUCCUCAGGAGUUGAUGCACCAUGUAGGUCUAUACAUGGCUAAAGGACGAGGAGCUAAGGUAGUCUCUGAAAUUUCUUUUGACCCUUGA